CGAGAUAGCUCGCGAAGCUGCUCAGGAUGACGCCCGCACUGAGGUCAGCGCUUGUACUGGCGCUCGCUCUCUGCGCCUCUGGACAGGAGGUAGAAGACGCUCGAGCGCCGAAGGCUGUUGCUAAGCUGAAUACGCUGGUUAUUGGCCCAGAUCACUUCGAGCCCGUCAGUGCGACCCCGACCGUGACCCGGACGAAGCUCACCAUCUCCUCGGAGCCGCUGGAGCCGGUCAGCCGACUGGUAGUGGACGCCGGUGCCGGCGAUCUCUCCACCAAAACCAUCUACGGCUUCCUCGACUUCAUCACCACCGUUGGCGACACCGUCAUGGUCUUCACGCCCGGCGCCAAAACGCAAGGCGCUGAGGAGGCUGUGGCCCUUACCACCAAGCCGGCGUCGCCGGCCGCGCGCGGUCCGUCGCCGUCAGCGCACGGUGCCACGCAUCGUCUCCACCUCCGCCACGGUGGCGAAGCCUCACCAGCCGGCCCCCUCCGCGGCACCGGCACCCUCCGUCGAGCCGACGCCCUCCCCGACGCCCCCCACCCGGCGCGGCCGACAAGAACCUGCUGUGGGCCAAGCUGCGGGACUCGCUCGCCAACCGACCGGCGUCCGUUCAUCCUGCCGCAGCGGCGGCGCGGCCCGGCGUUCCUGUCUGCCAGCCCGGCCAGCGUCGUGCCCGACACGGCGCCGGCGGCACUGCAGACGUCGGUGGUGGGCCUGCGGACCUCGGUGGUGGGACUGGUGACGGCCAGCGGCGGCACCGUGGUGUCGGGCGACCUCACCACCGUGCACACGACCAGCGUGAUCGGCACCAUGGUCGACGGCGAGUACACGCAGCUGCUGCAGUCGAGCAGCGUCAUCUUCGCGGCGCCGCCCGUCUCGCCGACCGUCACGCGCGCCUCGUCCAUCAUCGAGGGUGCCGCCACGGAGUUCCCGCAGCUGCCGGCGCCGGUCGCCGAGCCCGAGGUUGCUGCCCCUCGAGCGGCUGUUCAGCUCACUGACGAGCCGGCGCCGGCCGCCAACCACGUCUCCUCGCUGCAGGAGCGCCUCAAGGCGCGCAUGCAGGCGGCGCUGGACGUGCGACCCUCUCGCGAGGUGGCAGCACCCGAGCGGCGGCCCUUCACGCUCGGGUACGAGCCGGGACAGAGGGCGCGCGCGGCGCGUCCGUUCCGGCCCGAAAUACCGCUACUGCCACGCCGCUCCUUCUCGACUCGCCAGAACAACAGCCGCCGUCUGUCGGCGGCCGAGCGACUCAAGCAGCGACUCCUGCAGCAGCGCGGCGAGGAGCCCGCUCCCGCUUCCCCGGAUACGCCGGACACGCCGAUCGCGCCGACAACGGCCCCCACCAUCGACCCGUCCGCACCGAUCGAGAGCGACGAGCUGCGCAUCAUCGCGGUCAACACGUACCGUCCGCAGGACGCCAGCGACUACUACUACGAGCUGACGACGCUGAAGACGAUGCACCCCAUCACCAUCGGCCGCCACACCAACAGCAAGUGGCUGACCGCCACCAGGACGCGCACGGUGCACGUGCAACCGACGGCGCCGACGCGGACGACACCGCGGAUCGCGGCCACGGCACUGCCGCUGAGUUUGACGUACAGCACGACGCAGCUGGUGCUUAAGUCGUCAGUGAUCCCGCUGGUGAUCGGCGACAACACGCAGGCCUUCACCAUCACGCAGUCGUACCAGGUGACGCGGCUGGUGACGGCGCUGAAGACCAUGCCGCCGAUGGAGGUGUUCCGCACGGCGGCGCCGCCGGGCCUGGUGGACCGCGACCGGCCGCUGCUCGCUCAGUCGUCCGAGAACCAGGUGGACGCGCUCGGCGUGCCCGUACUGCGCGUGCCGCCGCCUGAUGACCUCGCCGACAUCGGACUUUUCGACGCUGACCGGCUGGAGGAACAAGAGAGCCCGGAACACUUCGGACUGCAGGCGGCGGCGACGGCGGCUCCGGCGGCGGCGACGCCAGCGCCGCAGCCGCGCGCUAUGGUCACCUCAUCGCCAGUGUUCGUCACGACGGUCGUGACGAGCACGCACUCGCGCGCCGUGGUGGUGACGUUCCGCGCCUCGCCCUCCACCGCCUACAUCACGUCCACCAGCGUCUUCCCCACCGUGCUCACCUCGUACGUGACGUCAACGGUGCAGAUGCCGGCGCUGGGGUAG